UGCUAAAUGACGAAGCCGAUCAACUAGGCUAACUAGCCGGGCGGCUUGCAUGAGGACAGUUCAAGAGACAAUAAUAUAUGAGGUCAGCAGAUGAUGUAUCUGGGUUUAACCCCAUCACGGGGAGGACAGGGCCGUGUUAAUACAAAUACGCGGUCCAGACAUAAAUAUUUUUAAUGUUUGACAAUAAUAAGGGCAGAUUCAGAUCAGUGCGAGACAUGGUAAACAGACUACCUUUAAGUGGAUUCCUAGUGGGAACAUUCAACCACUGGUGUUUCUAUAGUCCCAGAUAUCGUCCUCAAUGCAUAAACUAACGGCAUGCUGUAAAUCGAACAUACCAGGAGCUGUUCAGCACAUCAGCAAAACCGUUGGUUCCAUAGCAUUGUACUGUGCUGUAGGAACUAUACAUAUCCCACGUGGUUGGUUAUUUUUAUACACGCGGCGGUUCUAGCCUCCCAUCGGCGUUCUCCACUUACGUUGGCUUCGAUGCGCAUCUUACAGGCCCUGUUGUACUACAUAGCAGUACAGAACCCUCCCUUUACUGUGCUAACGUUGGAGUCUUCAGAUGUCAUGUUGGCACUGGUGCGACAGUCAAGCAGCCACUGCCUCUGAAACUAACGAAGUCUGUGGAUGCUGUCUGGAUUAUUGUUCAUCCUGAUAACUCUACUGCCGGUCGUGGAUCCCUGUGGAGCGAUUAGCCUCACGUUGUACUGAGUACACAGCUGAGUGAGGACCUGAGAGAAGGCAGGCUGAUAUCCACGAGUCGGUAGUUGAGCCGCAGUAUGCCUCAGUUGUCGAGAGACCGAGGCUAGAGCGAAGACCUAACGAAGCUACUAGAGGCUGAGUCUAACCCAUCAUCAUCCCACAUAGCGGCCGUAAAACAGCGGUGGUGUUGAAAACUCCAAGAUGUUCUGACCAUCUCGAGACUAUAUCCGGUCAGAUCGGAACCGUAACCAUUGUCUUGGAAUUAAAGGCUUUUGUCGCAGUAGGGUAUGGGGAACAACCUGACCCAGAAGAAAGACGGGGCGUGGUCGCAAGAUGCUGGAUAGUAAAGCAGUUCGGCUCCUGAGUAGCAUGAAUGACCUUGGCGACCCUCCGCUAGAUUCCUACGACAAGCUUGUGGCCUGGAUGGCGGAGAUGGCCGAACACGAGAACGUCGACCUAGACACGCAGUUGUUUUUACGUCAGGUGAACCGCCUGGCGCAGCGUUCACGGAGCAAGGACUCGACCAGUCAGUCAUUCCGUCAGAACUCAGCGUCCUGCGAAUCCAAUACCAGCUCUGCGGCGGGUUCCAGUACCCCUGCUUACACCCGCUCCCCUCAUCUCCACCCACUGAGUGCCCUAAGAGGUGGGCGCUACACCCGGGCCUCGUUUGGCCGUCAGGACACGGUCAGUGACGACGUGGAUGACCGGUCGGCGCCGGACACCGCCAACGCCUCCGUGGAAAGCCUGUGUAACGAUUCGGAGAGAGACUUAGAUCUGUCCACAAUGACACUAGACGAGGAGGGGCUCUCAGAGCGAAAGUUCUCCACAAUUAGCGACGCACUGCUUCAACAGAGCGCUGAAUUCCAACAGAAAUAUUCCAAACCUUUUAGCUCAAGCACCAGCAACAUUCUCGGUAUCCCAGAUACUUUCAACGGUGCAAAAGAUGACGGCAGAAAGCGGAGCCUUAGUUCUUGGGAUAUACCAUGCUUUAGAGGUCCUCCGAUCCAAAACGUUUCUGAAGUAGAUAUCCCAGAUAGUGCUCUGGAUAGCUGCGUUCUCGACGAUGUCCUUUUGGAUCAAAACAUGGCGGAUAUUCUGUUUUCUGUGGAGGCUCUGUGGCCUAGUAGACCAAAAUGAGAGAGUACCCCGAUACUUCCAGAAUUUUAAAGCGGAGCCGAUCCUUUUUCGUCGCUCAUCACACGAAUCGCUGGUGAGCAUUUGUCCGCCAGAGUUUGGUGACAAGGAAGCCAGUUUGGUGACAAGUAAGCCAGUUCCUGCCAAGGCGCCUGUGAA